AUUCCAAGGAGCUCACAUUUCGGCUCACAAAGUGAGUGUUCAUUCGUGGGUUACUCAUUCUUUCCGUUGCCAUCGUUACCAAACAACUCUCUCACACGUGAAUCGCAUCAGCUCUCAUCCAAGUUUUCGCGUGCCGUUCCGUUUUAACCGGGAGAGUGUACGGCAAAUGCAGUCAGUCACCUAGAAGCUUUGCCGCUCUGCAGGUCGCACACUUGUUGAUAUAGCAAAUUAGCGUGCAGAUUUGUUGUGUGUUAUUCCGAUCAACUACUAAAAGCAAUCGCUAGCUUUAUUCGACGACGAAUAUAGCAGUUCCGUAACAGGGGAUAUUAUAUUGGUGAAUUAGGAAUCAUUUCGUGAAGUGAGCCGCUCGCAACAUUAGAAACAUCUGUUACAAUAUGUUAUCGCUGGAUUGUUCGAACAUGCGCCAAUGUCGGAUAAUUGUGGCCAUGGUUGUAUAUAUUUCCCUUUUUCUUGAUAACAUGCUGUUAACGGUCAUAGUUCCGAUAUUACCCGAUUAUCUGGUGCAGUUUCACGAUAAAGUACCGGCAAGUGUCAUCUAUAAAAACUUUAGCCUGCAUUACGUCCCCAAGCUUAUCGGAGCGGUAAGUGAGGCGGUGGUCGUCGUACAGCCCACUAAUCCUCCCGUAGAUAAAACACCGACAAUCGAGCAGGAGAAUGGUUCUAUAGGAAUUCUGCUCGGUGUGAAAGCUCUCGUACAGCUGCUGGCCAACCCACUCGUCGGCAGUGGAACGGCCCGCUACGGUUACUGUGUUCCGAUCACAUUCGGUACCAUCAAUCUGUUGCUGGCGUCAUUGAUCUUUGGCUUUGGGACGUCGUACACCUCACUGUUCGUGGCACGAGCCAUCCAUGGUGUAGGUUCCGCAUGCAUUGGCGUGUGUGGCAUGAGUCUGGUAGCGCAACUUUACACCGAACCGGAACGACGGUCAAAAGUGAUGGGUACAGUGCUGGGGGCGAUGGCCGUCGGUGUGCUGGUAGGUUAUCCUUUCGGAGGAAUCGCUUACGAAAUGGCCGGCAAAGCUGCUCCAUUUCAUGUGCUGGCAGUACUGUGCGCGGGGAAUUUGGUAUUACAGUACUUUCAGCUAGAUCUCAGCGCGUAUCACAUCAAUCCGUUGCCCCAUGAUUCGUCCACAACGACAGAGGAUAAGCGGGCGACCUGGUGGCCACUGCUGAGCAACCGUCUCAUACUGGUCGUUGUGGGAGGUAUCUGGAUAUCGACGUCCGCUAUGGCUAUCCUGGAACCAUGUCUUCCCAUUUGGAUGAUUAGUCAACUGCACCCGAAAAAAUGGCAACUGGGAACGGUUUUCAUUCCCGACUCGAUAGGUUACUGGCUGGGUACGAACUUUUUCGGCUCGGUGGCUUACCGAUUUGGUCAGAUUCGUGUUUCGAUUGUGGCACUUCUGCUCGUCGGUAGUUCGUGCAUUCUCAUUCCAUCCGCAAACACCGUCGCGGGGCUUUUGCUACCCCAUUUGGGGCUCGGUUUAGGUAUCGGGGUUGUAGAUGCAGCUUUAGUGCCACUGCUAGCGACACUGGUGGAUGCGCAGCUGAGUCAUCAUCCCGAUCAGGACGUUGGGUUUAGUGUGGAAGAAUCAGGCGGAGAGCAUGGAUAUGGUGCAGUGUAUGCAAUACAACAGAUAGCCGUUAGUGUAGCUUACUCACUUGCACCGAUAAUCGGUGGUGAGUUGGUUCCUGUCAUUGGAUUUGCCACCGUUUUGCGUGCCCUCGGUGUGCUGAAUAUACUUUACGUUGCAUUGCUCACGUGUUCCAGUCUGCGAAGUUCGGUAGGAAACGUACCGGGUGGAACGGGAAAACAGACAGAUUUACCACUAGCUAGCAGUGAACCUACAUCCUAUAGGCGUUUUUAUAACACCCUCGAAUAGAGAGCCAAUAACUUCACGAUGGGAGCAAGCAAUCGUGCGUGAAAUGGAAUUAGUCUUUAUCUCUCACCAGCAGACGUUGGUGUUGUUAUGAUACUUCGGGCACGAACCGAAUAAAAUACCGUCCGCAAUUGACUAACGUUGGGACCAUUUAAAUAAAACCUUUAAAAAUGAGUGAGCAAUGAUGGAAAACUGCUUGUUUAAAUCCAUGUCCUAUACACACGCAUACAACCAUACAUUAUAACAAAAUACACAUAUGGAAUCUGUUUCGGGACACGAAUUCGUCACUGGAUGAGCUAUCGGUAUUGUUCUGUUACCAAAAUUUUAUGUGAGAAAUGAAACAUAAGUGGUAAUAAUAAGCGUAUUCUGAUAAGGAUUGCAUCAAAUAUAGGAUUUACGUUUUAUUAAAUCUAUUCUCAAUCUAAUAAUCCACAGAAAUUAAUUGAGUGUUUGUUAAUUUCCUUCCGUUGAAUGGGAGACAUUUUUAUCUUGUUCUGUAGUAGGAAUUAAGUUUUAACUAAUAUUGCAAUAUGUUUUA